GGGGCGGCGCGGUGUGGUCGAUAUGGCGACCGAGGGGGAUGUGGAGCUGGAGUUGGAGACCGAGACCAGCGGCCCGGACCGGCCUCCCGAGAAGCCACGGAAGCAUGACAGUGGUGUGGCGGACCUGGAGAGAGUGACCGACUAUGCGGAGGAGAAGGAGAUCCAGAGCUCCAACCUGGAGACGGCCAUGUCCGUGAUUGGAGACAGACGUUCCCGGGAGCAGAAAGCCAAACAAGAGCGGGAGAAGGAAUUGGCAAAAGUCACCAUCAAGAAGGAAGAUCUGGAGCUGAUAAUGACAGAGAUGGAGAUCUCAAGAGCAGCCGCAGAGCGGAGCUUGAGGGAGCACAUGGGCAAUGUGGUAGAGGCUCUUAUUGCCCUGACCAAUUGAUUUGUGCUUUCUCAGACCUAUCCACUGGAUUAACUUAUUGCAAUAAAGAUGCCUCCUUUUU